CCUUGUCUAGUUUAUCUGUGAUAAAACUGAAGUGCCUUGUCUCCACUGCCAGAUAGCUAACACGUCAGUUAUCCCAUAGUAAAAAGACACCCUAUUUGGCAGAGAAGACAAAGCCUCAGUGGCCUCUUCUUCAUGUGCUCCUCCAGCUUAGCAGGAGGAAUUUAUCUGACUGUUCUCAAUAGGCAGAAGACCCCAUGGAACUGCUGCUGAUGGCUAUCCCCUUAUGUCAUUGUGGUUAAGCAGCCACAAUCUGGACAUGCAAACUCAUUCAUGAUUGCUUCUUUAAUGAGAAAACAGAAAGCAGAAUGGGGAGAAAAUUUAAGUGGUUAGAAUAGGCGAAGAACUUGUUUUUGUGAGUAGGAUUUUAGAUUGACAAGAAUGUUUUAUAUAAACCAGAUUCUGAUUCCUGUACAUCAAGCGUGAAGAUUCAAUAUUUAGCUGUAGGGACUGUUAUGAGCUUUGUGCUAGGGCAGUAGGGACUGCUAACAGCUGCAUAUAAAGAGCAUAACAACAAGAAGAUGGGUGGUCCAAAAGCCUGAAUUUGUGUGCACAGAUGGGGCUUGAAUACUGCACAAUUGCAGGCAUAAGGAAUUGAAGACAGUUGCUGUCUCUGUCAGAAGAUGGAAAACAACAUAACCACAAUUUCUCGUGAAGAGCUGGAAGAACUCAGAGAAGCAUUCAGUAAAAUAGAUAUUGACAAUAGUGGGUAUGUCAGUGAUUAUGAGCUUCAAGAUCUUUUUAAAGAAGCAAGCCUUCCCUUGCCUGGCUACAAAGUGCGAGAGAUUGUAGAAAAAAUUAUAGCAGUAACAGAUAGCAACAAAGAUGGGAAAAUCGACUUUGAAGAAUUUGUAUCGGUUAUUCAUGAACUGAAAAGCAAAGAUAUUAGCAAAUCAUUCCGAAAAUCAAUAAACAAAAAACAGGGUAUUACAGCGAUUGGAGGAACUUCAUCAAUUUCCAGUGAGGGGACACAGCACUCUUAUUCAGAGGAAGAAAAGGUUGCUUUUGUUAACUGGGUAAAUAAAGCUCUUAAAGAUGACCCUGACUGUAAGCAUCUCCUUCCCAUGAAUCCAUCAGAUGCUAGUCUUUUUAAGUCACUUGCAGAUGGCAUCCUCCUUUGCAAAAUGAUUAACUUAUCUCAACCAGAUACAAUUGAUGAAAGAGCUAUUAAUAAGAAGAAGCUCACUCCUUUCACUAUUUCUGAAAACCUAAAUCUUGCCCUGAAUUCUGCAUCAGCUAUUGGCUGUACGGUGGUCAACAUUGGAUCACAAGAUCUAAAGGAAGGAAAACCACACUUGGUAUUAGGUCUCUUGUGGCAGAUCAUUAAAGUCGGUCUUUUUGCUGAUAUUGAGAUCUCCAGAAAUGAAGCUCUUAUUGCUCUGCUAAAUGAAGGGGAAGAACUAGAGCAGCUACUGAAACUUUCCCCAGAAGAGCUCUUGCUACGUUGGGUGAACUAUCAUCUGACCAAUGCAGGAUGGCAGAAAAUCAACAACUUCAGUGAAGACAUUAAGGAUUCAAGAGCCUACUACCACCUGCUGAAUCAGAUUGCACCCAAAGGACACAAUAAUGAUGAAAUUCCCAUUAACAUUGACCUUUCAGGGUUUAAUGAGAAAAAUGACUUGAAGAGGGCUGAAUAUAUGCUUCAGCAGGCAGACAAACUGGGCUGCAGACAGUUUGUCACUCCAGCUGAUGUAGUUGCAGGCAACCCUAAACUUAACUUGGCUUUUGUUGCAAAUCUCUUUAACACAUACCCAGCCCUGCACAAGCCUGACAGUUCCAUGUAUGAUCUCAAUUUACUAGAAGGAGAAAGUAAGGAAGAGAGGACAUUCCGGAACUGGAUGAAUUCUCUGGGUGUAAGCCCAUAUAUUAACCACUUGUACAGUGACCUUGCUGAUGCUUUAGUGAUCUUCCAGCUGUAUGAAAUGAUUCGUGUGCCAGUAGAAUGGAACCAUGUUAACAAACCUCCGUAUCCUGCACUUGGUGGUAACAUGAAAAAAAUUGAGAAUUGUAAUUAUGCAGUGGAAAUUGGGAAGACAAAGGCCAAAUUCUCCCUGGUUGGUAUUGCUGGACAGGACCUAAAUGAUGGCAAUGCAACUCUGACCUUGGCAUUGGUGUGGCAGCUGAUGAGAAGGUAUACUCUGAAUGUACUAUCAGACCUUGGAGAGGGGGAAAAAGUAAACGAUGAAAUUAUUAUUAAAUGGGUGAAUCAAACUCUUGCAAAUGCAAACAAGAAAACCUCAAUUACCAGCUUCAAGGACAAAUCUAUUAGCACUAGUUUACCUGUACUAGAUUUAAUAGAUGCCAUUUCACCAAAAGCAAUUCGUCAAGAAAUGGUCAAGAGAGAAGAUCUUUCUGAACAUGACAAAUUGAAUAAUGCUAAAUAUGCCAUUUCAGUUGCUCGAAAGAUUGGUGCUCGUAUUUAUGCACUGCCAGAUGAUCUAGUAGAAGUGAAGCCAAAAAUGGUUAUGACAGUGUUUGCGUGCUUGAUGGGAAGAGGACUGAACAAAAUAAAAUAAUUAAGACGUUUAAUAAAAGUUUCUGCCAUGUUAAACACGAUAAAUGCCUCACAGUUUACAAGAUUCUGAAGUUUAGUGGAUAUAAAACCAGAGAUAAAUUUGUAUGUGCAAGUAUGGAUAUAUAUUCAUUAAUUACAUUUUAAUAACUUGUUUAUACUAGUGAAGGUUUCAUUCAAAGAAUUUCGUAUUACAUGAAUUAUUUAUAGGUUAAUACUUCUAUCAGAAUGUGUUCAUUACCAAAUUAAGGUUACAUUCUUGUAUUGCUUUUCAAAAAACCUUGUAAAUCAAGACUGGUUCAUACUGUUUUCAUAGAAUGAAAAGGAUCAGCCGCUUUUAAAAUGUGUUAUUUCGGGAUCUGCUGUGAAUAUAUAUUUUGUGGGUGUUGUUUAUGUGUGUGAAAGUCCAUUCGAACAGUUAUAUUUUCCCCAAACUGAACAAAGAUCAGCAUCAUUGCCUUAUUCUCUGAAGGCCUGAUCUAAUUCAUGCUGAAGUCAAUGAGAGUAUUGCCACUGACUUUAUUGAAGCUAGUUUGGACCUGUGAUUACCAUAUUGUUUAGAAUUUAGUGAUUUUAUUCAUAAUGUUGUUGAACCUUUCUUAUGGGAGUAAACACCUAAAUAUAUCAGAUUGUUUUUUUUUUACAAAACAACAAACUUUCAUCAAAGUGAAGAAUAACACUAUAUAGUAAGGCAAAUGUGUACCAUGGACAUUACUGGAAGAUCUGUGUUUAUAUUAACCCUUGCAGCUGGAGUAAAUAUCUGAACUUUCAUAAACUGUUGUAUUAGAAAGCAAUAAAGAGAGCUGGCCAGUCCAGUCUGGGGACUCAGCUUAUAUGUACUGCAUUUUCUUUUGGAAUUUUAUUUUAAAUGAACACGUGUAUAUCUAUUUUUCUGUCAGAGAAGAUCAGUGUCAUAGAAAAGGUGCCUUGAUUGCAAGAAAUUCUUCCUGAAAACACUGCAAUGUGUUACUUUUUGUAUAUCUUCUGCAUGGAGAAAGACUAAUAGUUAUUUGAUUAUGAUUUUGGAAAUGAGCAUUUGUAUUCCUUUGUCUUUACCUAUAAAUGUUAGCUAAACACUUAUGGUACUUCAGUAUUUAAUAAAAUUAUUUUAAAAAGCAGCCAAAUAAGGCAGAAUACUCAACUAAAUACCUAGUAAUUGUGGAGUGAAAAAAAAGUAAAAGCAGACACAUUGUCUCUCAAAACAUGAAAACAAUAAAAGCAACUAAAAACAAGAUGAUACAAGAACAAUGAACAAACAGGAUUAGACUAAAUAUUAAUAAUCUAAUAUCUGACACAGCAUACUGACACAAAGAGGACACCUCAAACUAGAUGAUAAUAUAUCAGGUGAUAGUGAAUGGUUCAGAGGAUUAGUGAUGGGGUACAGAGCCUUUCUUUGCUUGGUGGUUCAUAGGGGCAAUG